GGAGGUCGGGAAGUAGCGGACCUGAGAGAGCGCAGGGGAUCUGCCUGCCCUUCAUCCUGCUGCUGCUCAUGUUCACUCCGAGCGUGGACUCGUCCUGGUGGUACAUUGGUGCACUUGGUGCACGGGUCAUAUGUGACAACAUUCCUGGCCUGGUCAACAAGCAGCGGCAGUUGUGCCAGAGACACCCAGACUUAAUGCAGUCAAUUGGUGAGGGAGCCAAGGAAUGGAUUCACGAGUGUCAACACCAGUUCCAGCACCAUCGCUGGAACUGUAGCACGCUGGAACGUGACCACACUGUCUUUGGCCGCGUCAUGCUCCGAAGUAGCCGUGAGGCAGCAUUUGUGUAUGCAAUCUCCUCUGCUGGAGUGGUGUAUGCACUCACUCGAGCCUGCAGCCUGGGGGAGCUCAAGAGCUGCAGUUGUGACACCCACAAGAGAGGAAGAGCACAUGAUGAAAUGGGUGACUUUGACUGGGGUGGCUGUAGCGACAACGUGAAUUAUGGUAUCAAGUUCGCCAAAGCUUUUGUGGAUGCCAGGGAGAGAAUGGUAAAAGAUGCCCGAGCACUGAUGAACCUGCACAACAACCGCUGUGGCAGAAUGGCAGUGAAGCGCUUCAUGAAGCUGGAAUGCAAGUGUCAUGGUGUCAGCGGCUCAUGCGCUCUGCGGACAUGUUGGCUUGCUAUGUCUGAUUUCCGGCGCACAGGAGAUUACUUGAGGAAGAAGUACAACAUGGCGGUGGAGGUCACAAUGAACCAGGAUGGCACAGGGUUUAUGGCUGCAGGCAGGAACUUCAAAGGUACAACGAAAAACGAACUGGUGUACGUGGAAAACUCUCCAGACUAUUGCCUCAUGGACCGAACAGCAGGUUCUCUAGGCACAGCAGGGAGGGUGUGCAAUAAAUCUUCCAAGGGCAUGGACGGCUGUGAAGUUAUGUGCUGUGGUCGUGGAUACGACACCACACGAGUCAAACGGGUCACCAAGUGCGAGUGCAGAUUCAAGUGGUGUUGCUCGGUCGAGUGCCAAGACUGUGAAGACACCGUGGAUGUUCACACUUGCAAACCGCACAAGCGCCCAGAUUGGCUAGAUCUUACUUGACUUCUGUGGGUGUGGCCAA